UCAAAGUAAUUAGAAGAAGAGAAGGCAUAUAUGAACCUUUUUCAGCAAGCAAACCUAGUAAGUACCCACAUUGAUCACAAACCACACUUCUUUCUUCCCAUGAAAACUUGAUCACCAAGUAUCUAUCAAUAAUGGAGGCACAACCAGCUUCAGCAUCACCGUCUUCAUCAUCAUCUUGCAGUACUGAUUAUAACAUUAUGCCGCUUUCGUCCUCUCCAGUUUGGACUGAAUUCGAUAAAGCAGAACCACUGCAAGCUGUGAACCAGGAGGAGGUAUCCAUUCACAGGUCAGAUAUUAAAAUUCUGAGAUUUAUGGACCUCACUGCCAAUGGUGGGAUGAGGUGGGAGGAUGUCGAGGACCAGUUUGAUCGCCUUGCGAUCACCCAGUGCCAACCUGAACCUGUUAUAAAAUGGUCUGAUUUUGGUUUGUGCGUAGGGAUGAAGCAGUCGCAAGAGUUUGCUAAUCAGUUAUUAAGGGCUCUAAGGAAAAGCAAGGAUUGUAAUCUUGGUAUAACUAAAGCGGAACUGCAGGGUUACUGGUGUCGUAUGACUGACCCUUGCUUCAAUUCAAGGAUGCAGAUAUUCUUUGACAUGUGUGACAGAAAGAUGCAGGGAAGAAUAACUGAGAUAGAUAUCAAGCAGACUAUUAUACUAAGUGCUACUACAAAUAAGCUAUAUUUGACACCUGAGGAAGCAGAAGACUAUGCCGCCUCAGUCAUGGAGCUGCUUGACACUGAAACAAGGGGGUACAUUGAGCUUCCACAAUUUGAGACUCUCUUAAAAAUGAACUUAUCAAAUGCAUCCUUCUCUGAUAACCCCUUGUCAAUCAUCCGUGAUCCCUGUCACAAUUUUGACCAAGUUCUAGAACCAAAUUCCAAGAUAGAAAUUAUGUUUCGAUCUUAUUGGCGACGAGCAUGGAUAAUAUUGUUGUGGUUGAUCAUAAGUAGUGCCCUCUUCACUUGGAAAUUUAUGCAAUAUAGGCAUAGAGCAGCUUUUCAAGUAAUGGGGUACUGCGUAUCCUCUGCAAAAGGUGCUGCUGAAACCCUCAAAUUCAACAUGGCUUUAGUUCUUCUCCCUGUAUGUCGUAAUACAAUUACGUGGCUUCGAAGGAAUCGUUCAAUCAACUCAAUCAUUCCAUUCAAUGACACUAUCAACUUCCACAAGCUCAUAGCAGGAGGUAUAAUAGUUGGAGUUAUCAUACAUGGUGGCUGUCACCUAGCCUGUGAUUUACCAAGGAUUAGUGAUUCAGAUCAUGUCAUUUUCGGACAAACGAUAGCGUCUGGAUUCGGGUAUCAUCAACCCUCAUACUUUGAGAUAUUGUCAACAAAGGUAGUGGCAUCAGGGAUUGGGAUGGUCAUACUAAUGGCCAUAGCAUUCUCACUUGCAACAACAUGGCCACGCCGGGGGUUACCUUCACUUCCAAAGUCUAUCCGGAAUGUUACAGGAUACAAUACCUUUUGGUACUCACACCACUUGUUCAUUCCUGUAUAUGCACUGCUCAUAUUUCACUCUAUGUUCCUCUUCCUUACAAACAACGUAACUGAAAAAACGACAUGGAUAUACAUUGCCAUUCCAGUUCUGUUGUAUACUGGAGAACGAGUAUUUCGAGCCAUAAGAUCUGGAUUCUAUGAGACGGAAAUGUCAAAGGCGAGUAUAUAUCCAGGAAAAGUUUUGUCUCUCAAAUUGCACAAACCAAAAGGUUUCAAGUACUUGAGUGGCAUGUACAUAUUCAUUCAAUGCCCUCAAAUUUCCCCAUUUGAAUGGCACCCGUUUUCGUUAACUUCAGGACCCAAAGAUGACCACCUAAGUGUGCAUAUCAGAUCUGCUGGGGACUGGAGUUACCAAGUAUACUGUCUUUUCCAAGAGGCUACAUUAUCUGGACUUGGCAGUUACCCUAAAGUACACAUAGAUGGGCCUUAUGGUGCUGCUUCUGAAGACCAUGUCAAGUAUGAUAUCACUGUUCUAAUCGGUUUAGGCAUAGGCGCAACACCUUUCAUUGGCAUCCUCAAAGAUAUUGUCAACGGUGCUCAAAACUCAUCACAUUGUGAUCAUCGUUGCGGUUGCAGAGAAUGCAGCUCAAGAAAGUCUCCACUAAAAGCCUACCUUUUUUGGGUCACAAGAGAACAAAGCUCCUUUGAAUGGUUUAGAGACAUCAUGAACGAAAUAUCAAACUCAAGCGAAAAGCAGUCUGUUGUAGAGAUGCACAAUUUCUUAACGUGUGUGUAUCAAGAUGGAGAUGCGCGCUCAGUUCUAAUAAGUGCAAUACAAGAAUUGCAUUAUGCCAAAACUGGUAUUGAUUUUGUUUCCCGGACUCCGGUAAGAACACAUUUUGCCCGGCCAAACUGGUCCAGCAUCUUCUCAGAAUUGGCCUGUAGACACACAGGAGGACGGAUUGGGGUUUUCUACUGUGGCGCAUCAACCUUAGCAAAAGAGCUGGAGGGAAUGUGUACCAAUUUCUCGACCAAAACUAGCACAAGAUUUGUAUUUCACAAGGAAAAUUAUUAGCAGCAUUAGAAAUUUAGUUUGCAGUCAAUGUACUCCCGUUCCAAAUCCUCAGCAUGGAAAUGAGAUCAAACAAGACCCCUCAAAAUGCAGAUCUCUCUCUC